UUCCAAUUUCGUUGAUCUCUAAGAUUUCGAGUGCAACAGAGGCAGCUCUUAGCGGUAACUCGAUCGAACACACAUUCUGGAUCUCAUUCAAUGGCAGAAGAGGCCUCUGAAUCAAUCCCGCCGAGGAUGCCAAACCACUUGCCUAACUUAGCAUCCAUGUACUGUGAUCCUGAAAUCCUGGAGCUGGUAUGGGAAGGAGAGAUUCUCAUCGAGGUUGUCGUCCAAGAUACUAAAGAGAGUCGUUUCCCGCUCAGGUAUUUUUCUCAAACUUCCACCGCAAUUCAACGUGAAGAAGCAACCUCCACUGGAAAAUAGAUCAAGGCUGGGGCUGCAACUACGUUCGGCGAUCCCUUAUCGGGCCUUUCAGGUCUGACAAAAGGAUCGUCGUCAAUAAGAAUAAGGUAAACUCUGGAAGCUGGUUACGCACAUUUGUCAGAAUUGUAUGAAGAAUACAAUGUUGUUCUCGAACCCAACAAAAAGUGCUACGAUAAGGAACUCAUAGAUUCUCAUAUUGUUCCUGUAAACAAAUUCAAAAGUUUUAAACAAAGCUACAUGUCCAAGCUCGUAGAAGAGAUUCCCCAGCAUACCAUGAAUAGCGAUAGCGUGGUACCCCAGUCUUCCUUUAAGCAAUCUGAAGCUUCUGUUCCAUUCAUGAGAUCGAAGGAGCAAAACCCAGGAAAUGAUGAGAAAAGGGACAAGGUGAACUUUUCCAUCUUUUUAAGAUCUCCAGCUCUAUUUAAAUCUACCCAUCGAAGCUCUGGUGCAACAAGACCUACUAGCAGCAGUCCAGGUUUAGCAGGAGCUGAUGAGGCUAUUUUGGAAGGCAAUGUGAGAUCUGAGGAUUUAAAAGGCAACGUCGGACCUGCGCCAAGAACUAGCAAUCCCGUUGACAACAUGAUUCUGGUAGAGCCAACUAAUGUCAAAUAUAUUACAAGUAUUGAAAAAGAAGGACACUCUUUGGCAAGCAACAUGAAGCCAAUAUUACCUGAUUCUGAGCCAAAUGAUUCGCUCCUAUAGCAAUCUGAGGCCGUUGGCAAUAAACAUACCCCUUUAAAUACGAGAUUUCCUAGUAAGGUUCGCUCCCUGUCGUCAAAUUUAGCGCCAAAUACAUACAUUAAAGGAAAUCCUGGUAAUGGAAAACCUAUUGAGCAAAUGGUUGCAUCAUCUUCGGUAUGUUCGCUUGGGGCUUCAAAUUGCCCAACAUAUACUUUGAAAAGGAGAUAUGAAGACAGUGAUCUCAGUGAAAAUGCAAUGGACGAACCCGAGGGUACGACAAAAGCAGUGCCAUCACGGGGAAGCAAAGGUGCUAAGAGAAAGCGAAAAGCAGAAGUUCACAACCUAUCUGAAAGGAGGCGAAGAGAUAAAAUCAACGAGAAGAUGCGAGCAUUGCAAGAGCUCAUACCCAACUGUAAUAAGGUGGAUAAAGCUUCGAUGCUUGAUGAGGCAAUUGAGUAUUUAAAGACCCUUCAGUUCCAAGUUCAGAUGAUGUCAAUGGGAACUGGGGCUUAUAUGCCUCCGAUAAUGCUGCCUACGGCGAUGCAACAGAUAAAUGCACAACAUUGGCCUGGUUAUUCUCCCAUGGCUGUUGGGAUGGGUAUGAGGAUGCAAAUGGGUCUUGGGUGCAGCCCAGAACAGUUGCCAACAACUUUCCUAUUGUCAGGAGCUGCCGCAGCUCUGCCUGGGAUCACAACGGAAGCUAGACUCAACAUGCUCGGGUUCCCCGGUCAGGUGUUAUUAAUGUCGAUGUCACGUUCACCUUUUGUAUCGGUCCAGGCCCCAGCUGGGGUAUCUCAACCUCCUGCCGCGCAAGUGGAACUUGCAGGUGCUGCUAUUUCCCUAUCUACACCAAAGGGUCCAAAUCCAACAUGUCAUUAAACUCCAAAAACACUGAACCGCAAAUGAAAUCUCAAAAGUUCGGAAGACCCCGAUAUCCCGUCAGCUUGCAGGGGCCGGACAUCAAGCAUUUCUUGAACUAGUGAACGAUACAUGGGAGACGCUUCAACUGACAAAAACCUCUUGCUUCUUCAUAUCUCGGCUUGUUCCUGCCCUCAAUUCAACGAUGGGCAACUCAGAUC